ACCAGCAAGACAAACAACCAUGAAAUGGCGGACGCUUUUUGGACGCCUGAAAGGUGUCGUUAUUGGGAUGAUUCACGUCCCAGCUUUGCCAGGCUCUCCCCUGGCUGGCAUGAAGAUGUCCCAAAUCAUUGACGAAGCCUGCAAGGAGGCGACCAUCUACCGCGACGCAGGACUGGACGCGGUGAUCCUGGAGAACAUGCACGACCUCCCCUACUCCUUGUCUCCGGGCCCGGAGGUGUGCGCCUGCAUGGCGUCCGUCUGCGCCGCGGUGAGGACCAUCUGCCCGGCCAUGCCUCUCGGGGUCCAGGUCCUGUCGUCCGCCAACCGCCAGGCGCUGGCGGUGGCCCUGGCUUCAGGUCUGGACUUCAUCCGGGCCGAGGGCUUCGUCUUCUCCCACGUGGCGGACGAGGGCUUCGUGGACGCUUGCGCGGGAGAGCUUUUGCGGUACCGCAGGAUGAUCGGAGCGGAGCACGUGCAGAUCUUCACUGACAUCAAGAAGAAGCACAGUUCUCACGCGCUGACCUCGGACGUCAGCACCCUGGAGACGGCUCGAGCGGCGGAGUUCUUCCUCUCAGACGGACUGGUCAUCACCGGCGCGUCCACGGGACAGGAAGCCGACCUCCAGGAGCUACGAGCUUUUUUGCUCAUUUUGCAGGAUGAGGUGGCGACUUGUCCAGGGUGUACGCUUCCUACCGCCCGAAUGCAACUGAGAUAGGCUCCAGCACCCCCGCAACCCCGAAAAAGAGACAAGCGGUAGAAAAAUGGAUGGAUUUUUGCUCAUUUUACAAGUAUUAGCAUCAAUUAUUUUGUCGUUUGGAAAAUGAUGCCCGUUAGCAUAUUAGCUUUUUUUUCAAGUCAAUUUUAUAUGCAUAAGUUACUUACAACUUAAGGCUAGCGUUACCAUGCUAGCAUUUUAAACACGUUUUUUUAAAAAGGUACACAGUGAUAUAUUUUGGUACUUAAAGGCCUACUGAAGUGAGAUUUUCUUAUUUAAACGGGGAUAGCAGGUCCAUUCUAUGUGUCAUACUUGACCAUUUCGCGAUAUUGCCAUAUUUUUGCUGAAAGGAUUUAGUAGAGAACAUCGACGAUAAAGUUCCCAACUUUUGGUCGCUAAUAAAAAAGCCUUGCCUGUACCGGAAGUAGCAGACGAUGUGCGUGUGACGUCACGGGUUGUAGGGCUCCUCACAUCUGAACAUUGUUUAUAAUCAUAGCCUCCAGCAGCAAGAGCUAUUCCGACCGAGAAAGCGACAAUUUCCCCAUUAAUUUGAGCGAGGAUGAAAUAUUUGUGGAUGAGGAAAGUUAGAGUGAGGCACUGAAAAAAAAAAAAAAAAAAAGCGACUGCUCCGAGCGGCGGCAGUUGUAGCGUUUCAGAUGUAAUUAGACACAUUUACUAGGAUAAUUCUGGAAAAUCCCUUAUCUGCUUAUUGUUUUAAUAGUGAAGUAAAGUGAAGUGAAUUAUAUUUAUAUAGCGCUUUUUCUCUCGUGACUCAAAGCGCUUUACAUGGUGAAACCCUAUAUCUAAGUUACAUUCAAACCAGUGUGUUUGGCACUGGGAGCAGGUGGGUAAAGUGUCUUGCCCAAAGACACAUCGGCAGUGACUAUGUUGGCAGAAGCGGGAAUCGAACCUGCAACCCUCAAGUUGCUGGCACGGCCACUCUACCAACCGAACUAAACCGGUUGGUAGAGUGUUUUAGUGAGAUUGUAAAGUCAUACCUGAAAGUCGGAUGGCUGCGGUGAACGCCAGUGUCUCAGAAAGAAGCCAAUGGAGGAGCCAAGAUCACAGAUGCCUUUUUGACAGCUACAAGAGGUCCCCCAUAAUCCACUGAAGUCUCCGGUAAGAGCCGACUUAAUAUCACAAUUUUCCCAUCCAAAAACUUGCUGGUUGACGUAGAGAAACAUGUUCGCUUGACCGUUCUGCGUUAACGCUUCACAACAAAGAAACACCGGCUGUGUUUCGGUUGCUAAAGGCAGCUGCAAUCCACCGCUUUCCACCAACAACAUUCUUCUUUGACGUCUCCAUUAUUAAUUGAACAAAUUGCAAAAGAUUCAGCAACACAGAUGUCCAAACUUCUGUGUAAUUAUGCGAGGGAAAGAGACGACUUUUAGCCGUGUGUGGUGCUGGGCUAAUAUGUCUGCUACAACCCGAGACGUCACAAACGUUUUCAACAAGAAACUCCGCGGGAAAUUUUAAAUUGUAAUUUAGUAAACUAAAAAGGCCUUAUUGGCAUGUGUUGCAAUGUUAAUAUUUCAUCAUUGAUAUAUAAACUAUCAGACUGCGUUAACUGUAAGCAUGCUAUUGUUAGCAUGCUACUGUUAGCAUGCUACUUGGUGCUAACUGACCUGGCAGAUUAACCAGCACCCAUCCGCCCUCCUCAGACUCCAGCAGAUCCUCCAGAACGUCAUCGCUGGCCUCGUAGUCGCCACCGCCGCCGCCGCCGAGCAGGUGGGAGAGGAUCUUGCCAAUCAUCGUCACGGCAACCUAUGAGACAGAUGUGUUCAAAUGUUUGUCCUGCUUUUUACGAUAAAAUACAUUCCAAGAACAUGAA